UCUUCAUGGACUGCCUCUUCUGGGACGGCUUGGAGAUGACUUUGAUCAUCCGGCUCUGGAACGAACCCACUUCCUGUCUGCUGCCCAGGAAGAGACGCAGCAGCAGGCAGAAGUGCUUCCUCUUGUCCUGGUCGGAGAUGAACAGAGACUUGGCCGCCGCGAACAUCUGGACGGAGACAAAGGAGGUCAAUCCGGUUCCAGCUGCCGUCUGUUGGAUGAUGAUGAAGAUGAAGAUGACACCGCUGAGUGGCUUCAUGCUGAUGAGUCUGGCCGUCCUCGCCGCCGCCAGACCCAAAGCAGGUCCGGAGCAGAAGUGCCAGUCCGGCCCGGUGGACCUGGUCUUCCUCAUCGACAGCUCGCGCAGCGUCCGGCCGCACGAGUUCGAGACCAUGAGGAAGUUCAUGAUCGACAUCCUCAGCACGCUGGACAUCGGCCUCAACGCCACCCGGGUGGGCGUGGUCCAGUACUCCAGCCAGGUCCGCAGUGAGUUCUCCCUGAAGAGCCACGCCCACCUGGAGGCCAUGGUGACGGGCAUCAACCAGAUCGUGCCCCUGGCUCAGGGAACCAUGACCGGGCUCGCCAUCCGAUACGUGAUGAGCGCCGCCUUCAUCCCCGAGGAGGGGGACCGGCCCAAGGUGCCCAACGUGGUCGUGAUCGUGACGGACGGCCGCCCUCAGGACCGCGUGGCGGAGGUGGCGGCCGAGGCCCGGGAGAAGGGCGUGGAGAUCUACGCCGUGGGCGUGGCCAGGGCCGACAUGGCGUCGCUGAGGGCCAUGGCGUCCCCGCCCUUCGAGGACCACGUCUUCCUGGUGGAGUCCUUCGACCUCAUCCACCAGUUCGGGCUGCAGUUCCAGGACAAGCUCUGCGGUGUGGACCUGUGUCUGGAGGCGGAGCCUAGCUGCGAGCACCUGUGUGAGAGCUCCCCAGGCUCCUUCCACUGCCUCUGUCUGCCCGGCUAUGCUCUGAGGGCCGACGGCAGGACCUGUGCAGCCAUCGACCUGUGUAUUGAGGGGAAACACGACUGUGAGCAGAUCUGCAUCAGCUCUCCGGGCGUCUUCAGCUGCGACUGCAACAAAGGGUUCAAACUGAAGGAAGACAAGAAGACCUGCGCAGUGAUAGACUACUGCUCCUUCGGGAAUCACACCUGUGACCAUCAGUGUGUCAGCGAGCUCAACGGCUUCAGCUGCCGCUGCCGCCGCGGUUACCGGCUGCUGGACGACGGCAGGAGCUGCCGGGCCAUCGACCUGUGUGUUGAGGGGAAACACGACUGUGAGCAGAUCUGCAUCAGCUCUCCGGGCGUCUUCAGCUGCGACUGCAACAAAGGGUUCAAACUGAACCGGGACAAGAAGACCUGCGCAGACAUGCAGCCGUGCAGCACCGUGCAGCACGGCUGUGAGCACCAGUGUGUGAGCACCCCGGGGUCGUACUACUGCGUCUGCCCAGAGGGGGCGCUGCUGCAGGACGACGGCCGGAGCUGCGGCACCUGUAAGUCGGCCAACAUCGACCUGGUGCUCGUGAUCGACGGCUCCAAGAGCGUUCGCCCUCACAACUUUGAGCUGGUCAAGAAGUUCGUGAACCAGGUGGUGGAUUCUCUGGACGUGUCGGCUCAGGGCACCAGAGUGGGUCUGGUUCAGUACUCCAGCCGGGUCCGGACAGAGUUCCCUCUCAACAUGUACCACACCGCUGCCGAAAUCAAAGCUGCCGUUAUGAAGGUGGACUACAUGGAGAAAGGCACCAUGACGGGUCUGGCCCUGAAACACAUGCUGGAGACCAGCUUCUUAGAGUCCGAGGGCGCUCGACCCUCAAGCCGCAACAUCCCUCGGAUCGGACUGGUCUUCACUGACGGACGCUCGCAGGACGACAUCACGGAGUUCGCCAAGAAGGCCAAGGAAGCCGGUAUCACCAUGUACGCGGUGGGGGUUGGGAAAGCGGUGGAGGACGAGCUUCGUGAGAUCGCGUCAGAGCCUGUGGAGAAACAUUUCUACUACACCACCGACUUCACCGCCAUCAGCACCAUCGCUGAGAACCUCAAACUCAACGUGUGCCCAGCGGAGAGUCAGGGAGAGAUCGAGGUGAAGGAUCCGUGUGACUGUGAGAGUCUGGUGGAGUUCCAGCAGGCCACCAUGAGCAGCAUGGAGCAGCUCACACAGAAACUAUCAGUGAUGACGGCUCGUCUGGAGCAGCUGGAGAACCAGCUUCUCUCCAGGAAGUGAUCCCAUCUUCAUCACAUCGAGGUAACGGGCGAGAUGCGACAGAAGAAGAGGAGCAGAGUGAUGAAGAAGAAACCAACGGGCUAAACAAAGUUGUCCUUUGACACAAAACCUGUGUGGCCUUCCGUCGGUUCUUCAGGAGGACCUUUAAUACAGGAUCACGACAUAAAACACGACCAUUGAGGAUGAAUCCAGGCGAUUGUAUAGACCUGGUGUUAUUGGCCCGUUAUGCAGCUGUUGUAACAGUCACAGUAUAUGUAUAAAUGUAAUCUAUGUACUGUAGAUAUUAUCAAACAUAAACACAGCGUUUUCAUCUCACUCAGCAUCGGCGCUCUGUUGUCCUUGGUCUCUGCUGUCGUUUAAUGUGAUGUAUUUAUAGCAGAUGGUUUGGUUUUCUACUCCAGAAUAGAACAAUCAAAUACUAAAUAAAAAAGUGUUGCUGCCACUCAUGAUAUGAGCUUUUAUAUAAACUCCUGGCGUCUGAUUGAAGAGGAACGCAUUUAGAUCUCAAACAAAAAGGGAAGUAAAGCUGUUUAUUCACCACUGAGGUCACUGCGGCUUCCCUCGCAUAAAUCUGAUCUUGUUCUCCACUCUGCACUUUUAUAGAUUUAGACCUGAACACGUCUGAGUAUUAUUAAAAUGACCUUCAUCUCCUGAGCAGUCAGCCAGUAACAUUACACCGGAGGAAACGAGAGGCCCGAAAACUAUGAAUAAUCUGGUUUCUCUCGGGUAGUUUUGUAGAAUCAAAACUAAAAGAACACGUAAACGUCUUUAUAUAUGAACGCCUGUAUGUUUUUGUAUAUUUUAUAACAUCUGUACCUUUUUGUAUUUUUCUGAUGAAUCUGUGUCUUACAGCACAGACAGCAAUAAAAGAGUCAACUUCU